UGCUUGGCCCGGUGCCCCGGGUGAGUGGCGAUUUCCCUUAAGGACCAAUGGAAUAGUCUAAUAUCAGUUCACUCCGCUCCCUUGGGGAACCGGGCCAUGCAAAAAGAACUCUGCCAGCGGUUUUGACGAUAUCGUGCUCAGAAGUCAGCUCGUAAUGUGUCGAUGGUUGAUUUCUCUGGUCUUGCUCUAUGACUCUUAAACAUUGCACACGCAACGAGGGUGGGGAGACUUUUUCUGCUGGCUUCCAACAUAGCUAGUGCUAGUUGAUGAAAUAACGAGCAAAGUGCUGGAACUGCACGGCCUCUGGGAUAACUGGUCCCAACAAAGAUUAGAAAUAUGGGCUUCGUUACCCUUUAAACGAAAACAAGAGCCACUUUUUUUGCGAAACUGGCAGUUAUUGACUACGCCGUGGACGAAGACUGGUUUCAUUUAACGGUGUAAUACGUAUGGCCUCAAAUGUUGGUGGACCCACCAGAUGUUUAUCAAACACAAACGAGUGCCUUUUGCAGUGUGAAGAAACAGAGUUGAGUUCAACAGCAGUUUUUUUUAAUGAUUGGACCCCGUCGACUUAUAUAAUUGGAAUAAACCUUGGCAUUGCCCAGCCUACCAAUAUCCUCCAUUUAAGACAAACUUCAACAUCUUGUAGACUCCUGAGUGGGCAGGACAUAACUUUGCAGGCCACUGCAUCCCUGAAAGUAGUACACAGUGAGUUGCUCCAAAAAACACUUCGGACCCAGGACCAGGGUCCCCCCGUCAAGGCAACUGUCCAGAGAAGCCGGCACAGCAGUGAAGCUACAGGGGCAGUCAGACUGGCCAGAGAAGCAGCAGUGAAGGAGGUGAGGAGAGAGUGAGGGAGGUUUGAACUCGUUAAAAAGCCCCCUGCAAUGUGGUCUGAAACGUCAGGGUGAGCACCCGGAGAACAGUGGGAAAGCCAUGCAGAUAGUGGAGGACGUUUCCAUGAUACCUGCCAUGUUGCAAACUAACAUAGGGAACACGGUGGGGGGAGUGCCCCGCAAACAGAAUGGGGGAGGGACUGGGGCUCGCAAUGCGGUCGGGGAUGGAGACUACCAGUUGGUGCAGCACGAGGUCUUGUGCUCCAUGAAGAACACUUAUGAGGUGCUGGAGUUCCUGGGGCGCGGCACCUUCGGACAGGUGGUGAAGUGUUGGAAGCGGGGCACAGGAGAGGUUGUGGCUAUCAAGAUCCUAAAGAACCACCCAUCGUACGCGCGACAGGGCCAGAUAGAGGUUGGCAUCCUUGCCCGUCUGAGUGGCGAGAAUGCAGAUCAGCAUAACCUGGUGCGGGCCUUUGAGUGCUUCCAGCACCGCAGCCACACCUGUCUGGUGUUUGAGAUGCUUGAGCAGAACCUCUAUGACUUCCUCAAGCAGAACAAGUUCAGCCCGCUGCCGUUGAAGGUGAUCCGGCCGGUCUUACAGCAGGUGGCCACUGCGCUGAAGAAGCUCAAGAGCCUGGGGCUGAUCCACGCUGAUCUGAAACCGGAGAACAUCAUGCUGGUGGACCCGGUGCGACAACCUUACCGGGUGAAAGUGAUCGACUUUGGCUCGGCCAGCCACGUGUCCAAAGCUGUGUGUUCCACGUACCUGCAGUCACGCUACUACAGGGCUCCAGAGAUCAUCCUGGGUCUGCCGUUCUGUGAGGCCAUCGACAUGUGGUCCCUGGGCUGUGUCAUCGCUGAGCUCUUUCUGGGCUGGCCCCUCUACCCAGGAGCACUGGAGUAUGACCAGAUUCGCUACAUAUCUCAGACACAAGUGUUGCCGGGGGAGCAACUGCUAAACGCGGGGACCAAGACAUCCCGCUUCUUCUGCAAAGAGUCCGACUCGCCUUAUGCUUCCUGGAGACUGAAGACGACAGAGGAGCAUGAGACUGAGACGGGGAUGAAAUCCAAAGAGGCCAGGAAGUACAUUUUUAGCAGUCUGGAUGACAUAGCACAUGUGAAUCUGGUGCUGAAUAUGGAUGGCAGUGACUCGCUGGCAGAGAAGGCAGACCGGAUGGAGUUUGUGGGCCUGCUGAAGACCAUGUUGCUGAUUGAUGCUGAGAAGAGGCUCGCUCCCUCAGAUGCCCUCAACCAUCCCUUUGUCACCAUGCAGCACCUUCUUGACUUUCCCCACAGCAAUCAUGUUCAAUCGUGUUUCCACAUCAUGGAUGCCUGUCAAUCACGUCCGAACACUUACGAUACGCUCAACCGCAACAAAGCACCGUUCCACAGACCCUCAAACAACUCAGCUGGACUGCCAAUGGCCUUCAAUAAAAUGGGAUCGGUUCACUCCCAGGCUUUGACGCAGUCUGCUCCCUCUGUGAUGCAUCCUGGGAUGCUGCAGACUGGAAAUGGUCAGUUUGGGUGUAGCGACUCCUUUCAGCCAGCCCUCAUCCUUUGCCCCCCAACCAUGCAAGGUAACCCAAACCAGUCAGGAUAUGCAGUUCGGAUGGAGAGCACGAUACCAAUGGUGAACCAAGCCCCUCCCAUACAGCCUUUGCAGAUGCGACCUGGAGUUAUGGCACAGCAACCGUGGCCAAGUAGAGGCCAGCAAAUCCUGGUACCAGCCUGGCAGCAAGUGGCUCCUCCUACCUCCUCUAUGUCUUCUGAUAAUGUGGCUGGCCCACAGAGGCUCAGUGACUGGGGGAAAGUACGGCAACACAGCAAUCAUUACACCAACAUGAUGCAGCCUAUUCUAACCAACCAAAUGACCAUAUCCGGUCCACAACCAAUCAACAUUGGUAUUGCACACGUGGUGUGGCCACAGCCACACGCCAACAAGCGGAACCAGACCAGUCAGAACAGGAGCAUGAACUACUCACACAACAACAGGGACAUCCAAAUCUCAAUGUGCCGAUCUCCAAAGAUGUCCGACCGUGUUAGUAACACAGGAGGAGGCGAUUCGUCCCAUCGGGAGAGGCCUGUGGAGGUUCAGCAGGAAAGAAGUGAAGAAGUGAGCUGCUGUAAGGCAGUGGAGGACGAGCGGAUAGAUAUGUCCCACCAGCAGCGAGAGUCUGUGGUCAUCGAUGACCUACCCAGCCCCACCCUCAGCGUAAUCAGUAUCAGCAGUGACACGGAUGGGGAGGAGGAUUCUUCCUGCAGGUGCAAAGGCGGCUCUGACUGCGAGGCUUGUAAGGGCUCUCUGAACAUGGAGAGGGUGUGCUCCCUCAGCAGCCCAGACAGCACCCUCAGCACCAGCUCCUCUGCCUCGGUGCAGUCCAGCCCGUCCCCCUGCAAGAGGCCCAACAGCAUGUCUGAGGAUGAUGGUCAUGGGAGCGGCUGCGAGACGGUAGACUGUUCCCCCGCCUCGGACUCCAGCCAGAGCCACAGCCCUUACCUGGAGAGCCGCUACCUAGGCAACCACAACCAUCAGUCCCUGGGUAUGACGACGCGUGGCAUGGACCCCGAGAACGAGCCCAGCAAGCUCCCAGUGAGAACCAUGGUGGUGCCCCCUAUGAGGGUGGUGCAGAACAACAACAACAUGGACCAGCACACAGACAGAACGGUCUACGAAAUCUCGUGCCAGUCCAAAGGGCGUUGCGCUCCCGGACGACUGAACCACCACUCCACACCUCUCCAUCCCCGCCAGCAACAGAAGAUGACCGCGUUCCAGCAGCAGCCCCUGGGCUUUGGCCAGGUCCAGCAUUACGGCUCCUGCAACAAGGAGUGGAACGGAAACUAUGGGCAGCACCGGCGGCCGCACGCUUACAUCCCUCCCACGGUGCACGGCCAUGCUUUCACCCUCCCCCACAGCAGCCCCACCCACAACUCGGGACACCACCCCCAGGCCGCCCUACUCUCCUACCCUCCCUCGGCGCCCGUCGCCCACCUUCUGGCCUCGCCAUGCGCCCAGCGGCCCAUUCUGCAGCCCACCUACGGCAUUGUCCACCAGGUGACCAUGGGCAUCAACCACCGGCUGCUGCCCUCGCCCACCAUCCAUCACCAGGGCCAGUACAAACCCCUCUUUCCACCACACUCCUACAUCGCCUCGCCUGCCUAUACAGGUUUUCCCCUCAGCCCCACCAAACUCAACCAGUACCCUUACAUCUGAGAACCAGCCACCCAGGGCCAUGGGCCAGCAGGGGCAGCCAGCAGUGACAACUACAACCAAGGCCUUCAUCUGUCAUCUCUCAUGUUAUGACGGAUAAAGAAUCCCCUUUGACUUUAACAAAUCAUGUUGGUUGAUGGUGAUGAUAAUAGAAUUGAAUCCGUUAGCUUUAAAAAAUAUAAUUGGAAAAAGAAUGAAUGAAUCAGUGAAUGAUUAAGAAAUUCUCACUUUUAAUGUGUUUUUGCACAUUUGCUCUGCUUUGUCAUUUGGAUCGAAUGGUUCUCUCUAUGAAAUGGUUCAAAUGGAGGGGUUAGAGGUCGUUUUCUCAACCCCCUUUCUGUAUUGCCUUCUAUCUUAGCACGUGUGCUAAUCACAUCACUCGUUAAGCCAUCCCAGUCUCCAGUGCUAGGACAGCAGAAGUUUGUCUCCGUUCGUUUGUUGGUUCAUUGUGGUGUAAAGGUGUUACUGUGUUGUUUGCUAAUGUCCUCUAUGUUUUCAGUGUGAUACUGUCAGUGGUCUGAAAAGGUUGUUCCACACGCUGCAUGACGUCGCAUGGGCAAAAUAACUUUGUUGAGUUGUUGACAGAUGCUUAGAUGUCACUCUAUGUGUACUGUGAGACUUGCUGCAUCGUAACUUGUUCCCACACCUAGUAGUGCCUUAAAUAUAUGAGGUUGUUAAUGUUACUUAUCACACGCGCGUGUAUAUAUAUAUAUAUAUAUAAAAUAAAUGUACUGGACUGCAGCACUUGAAGAUUAUUUUUACUCUGAUAUGCAUAUCAGAUAAUCAAAUAAGUCUUGCUUAUUUGGCCUCAUUGUAUAUUUGAGUAGUUGAGCCUCUUUUACCAGAGGACGCCAGCAUGUUUUGCUGUGGCAAAUGUUUAUUUGGUUUGGACUUUUCCCAAAUGAACUAAUGUACAUAAAACACAAUUUGAAUGAUUUUAAUAUUUGAUAAUCAAUUUCUAGUCACUUAGUACUUAAUUACUAACAGUAUUGACACUGUUUUUUUGAAACUGCAGUACAAUCUAGAUAUUAGGUGCUGGUUUGCUGUGUUAUGUUUUUUUACAGCCUUGUUGACUAUCGACAACGUUGGUUCUUGGUACAGUAUGAUCUCAUUAUCUUCAGAACACCUAUACAGUGUUUGAUAUACCCAUCUAUCAACCUACAGUAUAAUUGCUGGACUAUGUAGUGCUUGACAAGGUGUAUUGGUUGAGUGCAAUUUGCUUUCAUUGUUCCAUUUAAAUAUUUGUCGUCGUCAACUGCUUAGUGCUUAUUUUCUACAUUCCGUCAGGGAGGAAAUAUAUUUUGAAUUUUGUUUUUAAUUGCUUGCAUGAGCAUUAGAUUUUUGUUUUUCCUUACUUUUCAAAUGCUCUUUCAGCACCAAAGACUAAUUCAUAUCCUAAGCAAGGUAGCUACUCUUUUUCCGUUGACCUCAAGUAUUCUGGAGUCAUCGAGAUAAAUAUAUUUUUAAAAGGUUUGAGGUUUUAUUUUCAGCAUUUUGGGCAAGUUGUAUGAUAUAUUAUGUAUUGAAUGUAUCCUAGAUAAGCUGCUAGCUAUGUACUGAUUGACACAUCAAAAUGAUUAACUUAGUUCUUACUGUGUUCUUACUUUUGUAUAGUUUUAAUUACCAUAUAAUAGAGGUGGAUUUUAUUUUAGUAUAGAGUACUUAAUGGCAUUAAUACUUGUUAGUGCCUCUGUAUAUUUGCUUUGACGUUUUGAAGUGCGAUUGUAUCUACUGUAUUGCAAGUAAUGGAAUUUAGCGUUUUUGGUUUUUUCAGUUUUUUUUUGUGUGUGUGUGCCUAUAGCAUCAGUAUUUUAUCUUAUUAAAUAUAGGUUGGGUUCAUCAUUGCAUACAGUAAUUGAUGUGUUGACGAUUUUGUUGAUUUUUAGUUAUUGUUCUGUUAACACGCUCAAAAGCCUACAUCUUACUCACAUUAUCAUUGAUUGACAGAUCUGUAUUACCAUGCAGAUAUAUUUACUGCAAUACAUCUAUUUGGUCCUUAUCUAAACAUUGGGCUACAGAGAGGCCUUCUUCACAUACGUACUAUUUGUUAUGAAAUGCAUCAGUAAGCACUUGUUCAAAUUUAUUGAACUCUCAAUAUGCUCAUCAGGUUCAGUAUAAGGCAAAAUCCCACACAGUUUUCAUGAAAUUGCUGUGCUCUGUGGACUUUGCCUAGAAAAAAAAUCAUUUUGUCAUUUAUUUUAAGCCUAAGAAAAUGUUCUAAACCCACUUUUUGUAUCUAAAGUGGAUUGAGAGAGAUUUUCUACAGAUUCUGACCUAUUCCUAGUUGAUUGACUGAGGCAAAUGUGUGGUAUUUUUCUUCAAUCUUUAAUCCAAACAAGGGGGAUUGUCAAAUGAUGACUGAUCUUUUUCGCGUUCAAAUCUUGCCACUCCUUUUGUAGUCUCAUUACAUUGUGGACUGAGAGAUUUGUUUACUCACUAGCCCCACAACCCCAGACACACACGGAUGCAUUUUUUUUGUCAUUCUUACUGUCUACAACCUAGUGCCUUUUUUAGAUAUGUGGUCCAGAGAAUAACUGUUGGUCGAUAACUCCCUGACCCCUAGGCAGUCCCCUCUCCCGCAGAGGGGUGGCAGUAGAGUCAGACGUGGACGCUCCUCAACAGAAUAGAGUAUUACACAUCCAAGCGGCAGGAUGUUAGGAUUAAGCAGCCUCUUGUUAUUUCAGGACUUCUGCAGCCUGUCUCCAAAUCCAAAUAUGUUUUACAUGUUUGCCAUCAAGUGAGAAAGCAUUCUGCUUCUGGACUCGUGUACAGUAUAAUAGAGCUGACAAAUCCAAUGCAUUCUUCUCUCUUGAGAAGCUCUUAUGGGUGCUGGCUUCUAUCUUCAGAUCACGCAACCCCAAUGCGCAACCUUAGACCAUAUGGUCUGAAUCCAUAAAGCUUUUCUACAGAAUAUAAAAAUACAAAUGUUAUUCUUAGUCAGGGAAUAUUUUUUUACACUCUUCACCCAAGACACCGUUUAUCUCUUAUUGGACAUGCACAAAUGCAAAGCUUUACAUACAAUGUGAAUGUAUAUGUGGAGUUGAACAUAUGGUUUGCGGACUUGAAAAAAUGUAGUUUUUGUUUUAGUUUUCGAUUGGCUACAGAGAAUUCUGUUCUGUGUAUAUGAUCAACAUCCAUAUAGCAGCCUUAGUUUUGAUAUUUGACUUGUUGGUAUUUGCUUUAACAUCCCACGUAAAUAUUAGGUCCAAAGUUGUCACAUAUACUGCAAUUGUAUUGUUUUAUGACUUCCUAUAUGAUUCAUUCAGGGUCUUUUGUAUUCUACUGUAUUAACCUUCCAAUCCUUACCACUUUGUUUGAUUGCUUUGGAUCUUUUUUUGCAGUAAUUUCACCUGUUAGCACAAGUUGUAUUUCACUUCAAUUUAUUGGAUAAUAUACGGUAUCUAAACAACACAGCAUAUAGACUUGAUUGUGAAAUUGGAACUGUUACUGGUUUAAUGUGUAGUUUUGUGGCUUUAUGAUUUUGUUUGCUUUUGAUUUUAUGCUACACUAGUUUGCCAUGUAGCAAAUGCACUGUGCAAUAUAUAUAUAUAUACAUUAUGAGGACUGGGACAAUUUAUUAUUUUGGAUGUAAUGUCUUUUACAGUUUGCGGUCGUAUUUCUCUCUAGUUCUCAGUGAUUUCAAUGUGACCAAGCCUUAUGUACUUUGUCAUAAAAAGCGGGUUUUCCUGGUGAAUAUUGGCGAGUGUCAAAUUAAGAAUUGGUGUACUAUUGUCAAGAUUCACUUUGAAUAAAUAAAAAAAAUGAUAUUGCUUCA